CUUUCUUGUAGUGUUUCUACCAGUUCUCGGAUUCUGUCUCUGCUGUCACAGCUGGAGAAGAUCAAUUUAGACUCUGUAUUAGGAGAAGCAGACAAUGCCAGAUAUGUUACCUCAAAGAUUCUUCAUCUGGUUCAGAGUCAAGAAAAAACCAGGAAGGAGAUGACUUCUAAAGGCUCCACUGGAAUAGAAGUUAUCCUGUCAACCCUAGAGAAUACGAAAGAUCCUCAAACUAUUCUAAAUAUAUUGAAUAUUCUCAUUGAACUAGUCUCAGUUGGUGGUGGUCGGAGAGCAAGCCUAUUAGUCAGUAAAGGAGGGACACAGAUCUUAUUGCAGCUGCUUUUGACUGCCAGCAAAGACUCUCCACCAAAUGAAGAAUUAAUGGUGCUCCUUCAUACACUUCUUGCAAAAAUUGGUCCAAAAGACAAGAAGAUUGGCAUGAAAGCAAGAAUUAAUGGUGCCCUAAACAUAUCAUUGAAUUUAGUGAAGCAGAAUUUGCAGAAUCAGAGGCUAUUAUUGCCAUGUCUUCAAGUAUUACGAGUUUACUCAACGAACUCUGUAAAUGCAGUUUCCUUGGGAAAGAAUGGAGUAGUAGAACUGAUGUUUAAGAUCAUUGGCCCUUUUAGUAAAAAAAACACUAGCCUUUUGAAGGUUGCUUUAGAGACACUUGCUGCAUUGCUCAAAUCAAAAACAAAUGCCAGGAGAGCAGUAGACAGAGGAUAUGUGCAGGUGCUUUUAAUGAUUUAUGUUGACUGGCACAGUCACGAUAGUCGACACAGAUACAUGCUGAUACGUAAAGGAGUUUUACAGUGCAUUAAAAGUGUUACAAACAUCAAGUUGGGAAGAAAAGCAUUCAUUGAUGCCAACGGGAUGAAAAUUCUUUACAACACUUCACAAGAGUGCCUUGCAGUAAGAACUCUUGAUCCGCUUGUCAACACAUCCAGCCUGAUAAUGAGAAAAUGUUUUCCUAAAAACCGUCUUCCUUUACCAACUAUUAAAAGUGCUUUCCAUUUCCAACUCCCAGUGAUUCCUUCCAGUGGUCCUGUGGCUCAGCUGUACAAUUUGCCUCCUGAUGUGGAUGAUGUAGUAGAUGAAAGUGAUGAUAAUGAUGAUGCUGAAACAGAAUCAGAAAUUGAAACCGAAAAUGAUGAUGACACGGACCAACAUUUUAAGAAUGAUGAUAUUGAGACUGAUAUUAGUAAACUGAAACCUAGACAGGAAUUGGGAAGACCAAUGGAAGAACUGAAAAUAUAUGAGCAGUUUUUCCCAGAACUUUCAGAAAACUUUCAGGAAUGUGACUUAGUUUCCAAGAAACCAAAGCCUUUUGUACCUGAUGCAAAUCUGAGUGGACCUAUUGUUGUUCCUACAGCAGGAGAGGAGCACUCCGAUGAAGCAAAACGGUCAAGGAAAGGAGUUGCUCUGAAGGAGGGCAAUCCUCUGUUGACAGAGGAAUACAAUAUAAGGCCAGCCUUUCUAGAACUACCAAAGAAAGAUGGUAUCAAAGACAGUAGGUUACAUCAGCAAACUGAUCCAAGAAACCUGCCUCCAUCAUGCCAGUGUCUAAGCCAAGAAAUCGUGAAAGGCUUGGACAGGAUCAGUCUGCAGAACAGUGCAAAGCAUGAUCAGUAUUAUGGCACAGGGUGUGUAAUCAAGAAGGAAAGCAAAUGUGGUAAGGCUAGUUUUGCUUGUAGUAAACCUUGUGAACAUGCUUCACCCUGUGGAAGUAGCCUCUUUGAAGGAUCAUCUGUCCAGCUGGGAAAACUCUGCUGCACUGGGGUGGAUUCAGAGGAGGAAGAUUCCAGAUCUAGUUCAUCAGGGGAACAAGUCAUGGUUGAGGUUUCUGAUGUUCAUGACUGUGAACUUUAUAUUGAAAUGGUAAAAACCACGAAGUCUAUUCCUGAAUAUUCAGAAGUGGCCUAUCCAGAUUAUUUUGGCCAUAUUCCACCCCCUUUUAAGGAGCCUAUUCUGGAAAGGCCGUAUGGAGUGCAGAGGACAAAAAUCUCUCAAGAUAUUGAAAGACUGAUUCAUCAGAAUGACAUUAUAGACAGAGUUGUGUAUGACCUUGAUAAUUUGAGUUGUUCAGUACCAGAGGAAGCAGAUGUUUUGAAGUUUAAUUCCAAAUUUGAAUCUGGAAACCUGCGCAAAGUUAUUCAGAUCAGAAAAAAUGAGUAUGACCUAAUUCUGAACUCGGAUAUAAAUAGCAAUCAUUAUCAUCAAUGGUUUUACUUUGAAGUCAGUGGAAUGAAAACUGGCAUUGGUUACCGGUUUAACAUCAUCAACUGUGAAAAGUCAAACAGUCAGUUUAACUACGGUAUGCAGCCCCUCAUGUAUUCUGUGCAAGAAGCAUUACAUUCUCAACCAUGUUGGACUCGUGUUGGGACAGAUAUUUGUUACUAUAAGAAUCACUUUUCAAGAAGUUCAAUUGCUGCUGGAGGUCAAAAAGGAAAAUCUUAUUACACAAUUACGUUCACAGUGACUUUCCAGCAUAAAGGUGAUGUCUGCUACUUUGCUUACCAUUAUCCAUAUACAUACUCAACUUUAAAGAUGCAUCUUCAGAAGCUGGAAUCUAUGCACAACCCUCAACAGAUAUAUUUUCGGCAAGAUGUUCUCUGUGAGACCCUGGCUGGCAACAGUUGUCCCUUAGUCACUAUUACAGCCAUGCCAGAGUCCAGUUACUAUGAACAUAUCUGUCAGUUCAGGAAUCGUCCUUAUGUUUUCCUAUCUGCUCGUGUACAUCCUGGGGAGACUAAUGCAAGCUGGGUUAUGAAGGGAACACUGGAAUACCUUAUGAGCAAUAAUCCAAGUGCCCAAUGUUUACGAGAAUCUUAUAUUUUCAAAAUUAUUCCCAUGCUCAAUCCAGAUGGUGUCAUCAACGGAAACCACCGUUGCUCUUUAAGUGGAGAAGAUUUAAACAGACAGUGGCAAAAUCCAAAUCCAGAUCUGCAUCCCACUAUUUACCAUGCUAAAGGGUUACUGCAAUAUCUGGCUGCUAUAAAACGUUUACCUUUGGUCUACUGUGAUUAUCAUGGUCACUCUCGUAAAAAGAAUGUAUUUAUGUAUGGCUGCAGCAUCAAAGAGACAAUGUGGCGCACAAAUGUUAACGCUGCCUCUUGUGACCUGAUGGAAGACCCUGGUUACAGGGCACUCCCCAAGAUCCUGAGUCAAACUGCCCCAGCAUUCUGCAUGGGCAGCUGCAGCUUUGUAGUGGAAAAGUCCAAGGAAUCAACGGCGCGAGUUGUUGUCUGGAGAGAGAUAGGAGUACAGAGGAGCUACACAAUGGAAAGCACAUUAUGUGGAUGUGACCAGGGCAAAUAUAAGGGAUUACAGAUAGGCACAAGAGAACUGGAGGAGAUGGGAGCAAAGUUCUGUGUUGGCUUACUGCGUUUAAAAAGAAUGGCUUCACCUUUGGAAUACAAUUUGCCUUUGAGUCUGUUGGAUAUUGAAAAUGAUCUGAUUGAGUCAAGCUGUAAAGCGACAAGGUAGUACACAUUUAUUAUACUCUCUUUUUCCCCCCAGGAAAAAUUGCAGCUUCUCAAGUGA